AUGGAAGAGGUACUCUUGAGCGAAACUUCUCAAGCUAGUGGAGCGAAGCUGAAUGAUUUCCUUCGCAAUGAAUUGGGCGGCAGAGGCGUUGUGCAGGCCAACAAAAAUGUCUUCAUGAAGAAUUUCGUUGUGAAUCCUGAGAGGUUUAUCGACGAUGCAGAAUUAUUGGGCGCAAUAACAGCGUUACCAUCUUACAAAGGGAUGGCGUGCCUAUUCGAAGAGAACACUAUUCUCAUGCAAGACGAAGAGAGACUUUACAACGAAGCUGUGACCUCUCUCAAGCAUUGGCGGGACUUUGAAAAGAAGGACAUGGUUUCUCCGCUAACACGGGGAAUACUCGACGCAGCUCUCGGAUGCAUAGACGAAGUGUGA